AUCAUGCAUUAUGCAUAUUCUUCCUUUUUUCCUUGUUCUUUGUCAUUUCAUACAUACAAGAAUAGAACACUUGACACACAUGCCCACUAAAACCAGAAAAUAUUUAAAUAUUUAAAUACUACUCUCUACUUUGUGUGAUCCAAAGCCACCUUCCUUCAACCUCUUCUCCAUUAAUUCAUCUUCCGUCUCUCUUGUUUUAUUCAUCUUUAUUCUCUCAUACCAACAAGACAAAAACAAAAACCCAAUCAAUCACCCUAAAAUCCUUAUUCUACAAUGUUUGGUGACGCAUGAAUAGCCCAAUCUAUAAGCCUCAAAAUACACACACUAAAAAACGCCUUUCAAAAUAUUUAAAAUUUUCACGGCGUAACUUUCAAUAUGCCUCUAAUCAUCAAAUGAAAUGUGAAUAAUCCGUCCUCCUCUCUUUGAAAGAAGCGGCGACGCCUGCAUGUAGACGUGGGUUAUAUCUACCAUGCAGAGAAAUCAUGGAAGAAAAAAUCCCAAUAUUGAAUAAAAUCAAAGGAGGAGGAGGAGGAGGAAUAACAAGACCGUUAUUUGUAUUUUCUCUACUCCUUUUCUUCACAUUAGUUGCUCUAUUUAGCCUCCAAAUCAACAGCGAAUAUUCAGUCUUCUCGAUCCGGGCCUUCGAUUUCAUUUCGGGUCGGGUUGUAUCAAUCCCGGAUCCUCAGCAGAGUUGUUCUGGUUUCUUUGAAGAGGUGUUAGAGAGAAAGGUGGUGAAAUCGAUAAAGGAUUUCGGUGGAAUUGGGGAUGGAAAAACGUUGAAUACGGCGGCGUUUCGAAGAGCUAUAGAAUUUAUGGCGCGUUUCAAGGCAAGUGGUGGGUCCCAACUUGUUGUUCCGAAAGGGAGAUGGGUUACGGGUAGUUUUAAUCUUACUAGUAAUUUCACACUCUUCCUCCAACAUGGAGCUGUUAUUCUCGGUUCUCAGGAUCCAAAUGAAUGGCCAAUAAUCGAAGCUCUGCCUUCAUAUGGAAGAGGUAGAGAAAGACUUGGAGCAAGACAUAUUAGCCUCAUUCAUGGAAAUGGUCUCAGCAAUGUUGUAAUUACAGGGGAAAAUGGGACUAUAGAUGGUCAGGGAAAGAUGUGGUGGGAGCUUUGGUGGAAUAGAACUCUGGUACACACCAGAGGCCACCUUGUUGAGCUGGUUAACUCUCAGAACAUUCUGAUCCAAAAUCUUACACUCCUGAACUCCCCAUUUUGGACAAUUCACCCAGUCUAUUGCAGGAAUAUUGUAAUCAGAAACAUGACUAUUUUGGCUCCUCUCAACGCCCCCAACACGGAUGGCAUUGACGCAGACUCCAGCUUGAAUGUCUGCAUUGAAGAUUGCUACAUUGAGAGUGGUGAUGACCUUGUAUCAGUGAAAAGUGGGUGGGAUCAGUAUGGUAUGAAAAUUGCUCGUCCAAGCUCGAACAUCAUUGUAAGGAGAGUGAGAGGCACAACCCCAACAUGCUCAGGGGUUGGUAUCGGCAGUGAGAUGUCCGGAGGUGUUUCUAAUGUCAUCAUAGAAGACUUACAUGUUAGAGAUUCGGCAGCUGGUGUGCGGAUUAAAACUGAUAUUGGAAGAGGUGGAUACAUCGCCAAUGUUACCAUAAAUAACAUGAGAAUGGAAAGAGUAAAGGUGCCCAUUAGGUUCAGCAGGGGUGCAAAUGACCACCCUGAUGACAAAUGGGAUCCUAAAGCACUACCUAAAGUGAGAGGUAUUUUUAUCAGUAAUGUGGUUAGUCUAGAAACAAAGAGACCUCCCUUGCUAGAGGGCAUAGAGGAAGCACCAUUUGAGGACAUACACAUGAAAAACAUCAGUUUAUUUGGGCUAGCCCCAUCUAUGAAAUGGAACUGUGAAUUUAUCUCUGGUUCUAGCUGCAGUGUUUUCCCUGCACCAUGUUCUCAGUUGCUGAAGAAUGAAUUUCAGUGUCCAAAUUGAUGAAGUGUUCAGUGUUCAAAUUGAGAUGAUUUCCUUUCGUUCACUAGCAUGAAUCUCAAUGCCGCACAUCAUGCCUGUUGCCCCAGACAUAAGCCAGGAUCGAGUUCUUGUUGACCCCUAACUGCACACACAAGCAUCGGAAGAAUGGUUUGUAGGCUACUUACAAUUUUUUAUGGUUUUGUAGGUUAUUACAAAUCUUUUUUUAAUUAGUUUAUGAUAUCUUUACACAGAUUUUUUAUUUUUACAUCUUAGAGAUCGGAAAAGGUCAUUUUGGUUUAUUCAUUUUGUAAAUGGUAAAGAGAUCUUAAUUUC